AUGGCCUCCCCCGCGCAAGCCAUCACGCUCGAAGAGCACGCGAUAUUCCCAUCCCUCGAAAGCAACAACUUCUUCUACGACAACACAUGGAAGAUAUACCCCGAAUGUCGCAACCUCGCAAAGGACCACUCCAAAGCCCGCCUCGCCAACAUGGACGCCGGCAACGUCUCCUACCAGAUCCUCUCCCACCUGCCCGGCGGUAUCGCCUCAACAGACCCCGCCCGCUGCCACGCAGCCAACAACGAAAUGGCCGCCGCCAUAAAACAGCACCCAGACCGAUUCGGCGGCUUCGCAGCGCUCCCGAUGGCGUACCCCCUCGAAGCCGCCCAAGAACUCCGCCGCACCGUCACUGACCUCGGCUUCCUCGGUGCCCUAAUCGACAAUCACCUCCCCGACGGAACAACCCACUACGACGACAAACGGUUCUGGCCCGUCUUCGCAGCCGCCGAAUCCCUCGAUGUCCCCCUCUACAUCCACCCUUCCACUCCGUCCCCGGAAUCCAUCCAAUCCCGCUUCUCCGGCAACUACCCCCUCCCUGCAGAACUGGGCCUCGCGUCCGCAGCCUGGGGCUGGCACGAGAACGUAGGGCUGCACAUCCUGAAACUCUACGCGGCAGGCGUCUUCGAGCAAUACCCUAAAUUAAAGAUCGUAAUCGGACACAUGGGCGAGCUGCUACCAAUCAUGUUGCAUCGGGUUGCGAGGUUGGGGUUUUUCAAGGAGUUGGCGGCCUCGAGACGCAAGGGGAUUAUGGAUGUUUGGAAUGAGAAUAUUUGGGUUACGACAAGUGGGGUGUUUAGUAUUGAGACGCUGAUGAUGCUGUUGCAGGUUACGAAGGUGGAGAGGGUGAUGUAUAGUGUGGAUUAUCCGUUUGAGGAUAAUGUUACGGGGAAGGAGUUCUUGAAGAAGGUGAGGGAGUCGGGGAGGUUGUCGGCUGAGGAGGUGGAUUUGAUUGAAUUUGGGAAUGCGAGGGAGUUUUUGAAGCUGGGGAGUAGGGCGUUUCUUUGA